GCCACUAGCCAUUCCUCAAAUUCUCAGCACAAACAACAGCGUGGCAGUGGAUCAGUGGGGCUUUUUCUUUCUUUCCGUUUUCUCUGUAAAGUUUUGAUCUUUUUGGCGGGUUCUUGCGAGUCAACCCUCUCUCUCAACGCAAUAAGCAAUCUGGACGAUUUCAGAUUUCAGAUUUCAGAUUGCAGAUUGAGAAAAGGGUUCGUCUGCGGAUACCCCAUUUGUAAAUUUCUGAAAUUUCCAGCUCUCGAUCGAAGAACAAGAAGAGAAAGUUGAGCGAAGGGGUUUUAGACCAAAUGGGGAACACCAAUGGCGAAAACGGAGAGAUCGAGACGUUUGAGACAGAGAAUGGACAUGGGAUUGAAGAGAAUGGAUGUGAGCCACAGGAGGAUUUGAACAGAAUAGUCCCAUGGAGAAGGCAGAUUACAGUCCGGGGACUCGUAGCCAGCGUAAUUAUUGGGGUAAUUUACAGUGUUAUAGUGAUGAAGUUGAACCUCACCACUGGUUUGGUUCCCAAUCUCAAUGUUUCGGCUGCACUUCUCGCUUUCGUGUUCAUCCGGUCAUGGACUAAGCUGCUUCAAAAGGCUGGAGUUGUAUCAACUCCCUUCACCAGGCAGGAGAAUACAAUAAUUCAAACUUGUGCAGUUGCGUGUUAUAGCAUUGCUGUUGGAGGUGGUUUUGGUUCGUAUCUGUUGGGUCUAAACCGAAAGACUUACGAGCAAGUUGGGGUUGAUACUGAGGGGAACACUCCCGGGAGCACCAAGGAACCAGCGAUUGGUUGGAUGACUGGUUUUCUAUUUGUUAGUAGUUUUGUUGGGCUGCUGGCUUUGGUUCCUCUCAGAAAGAUCAUGAUAAUAGACUAUAAAUUAGCAUACCCGAGCGGAACUGCUACUGCUGUCCUUAUUAACGGGUUCCAUACUCCAAAGGGUGACAAGAUGGCUAAACAGCAGGUCCACAUGUUCAUGAAAUUCUUUUCAGCUAGUUUCUUGUGGGGUUUCUUUCAGUGGUUUUAUUCUGGAGGAGAGCAAUGUGGAUUCGCUCAGUUUCCAACAUUUGGAUUGACCGCUUGGAGAAAUUCAUUUUACUUUGAUUUCAGUAUGACUUAUAUAGGAGCAGGAAUGAUCUGUUCUCAUCUCGUGAACUUAUCUUUGCUCCUCGGCGCCAUUCUCUCUUGGGGAGUAAUGUGGCCAUUGAUAAGGGGUCUUAAGGGAGAGUGGUUUCCUGCAACUUUAUCGGAAAGUAGUAUGAAGAGUCUAAACGGUUACAAGGUUUUCAUUUCCAUUUCCCUGAUACUAGGAGACGGGCUGUACAAUUUUCUCAAGAUACUAUAUUUUACUGGCUCAAACAUCCACAUGAAAAUGAUGAACAAGAACCUUAAAACAGCUUCAAAUAACAAGAAUGCAAAUGUUGAUGAUCUUCGACGAAAUGAAGUCUUCAUAAGGGAUAACAUUCCCGUUUGGGUAGCGUGCGUAGGGUACACCUUGUUCUCUGUCAUCUCCAUCAUUAUCAUCCCGCUUAUGUUUCCUCAACUGAAAUGGUAUUAUGUAGUCGUAGCCUACCUAAUUGCACCCUCUCUAAGCUUCUGCAAUGCUUAUGGUGCGGGUCUAACUGACAUGAACAUGGCUUAUAACUACGGGAAAGUGGCUCUCUUUGUGCUUGCUGCCGUAGCUGGGAAAAACGAUGGUGUUGUUGCUGGACUUGUAGGCUGUGGUCUGAUCAAAUCAAUAGUUUCUAUCUCCUCCGAUCUGAUGCACGACUUAAAGACUGCUCAUCUCACUCUCACGUCUCCUCGAUCAAUGAUUUUAAGCCAGGCUAUUGGAACGGCCAUAGGCUGUGUGGUAGCUCCUCUUACAUUUUUUCUCUUCUACAAGGCCUUUAACAUUGGGGAUCCAGAAGGUGAAUACAAAGCCCCUUACGCUAUCAUAUACAGAAACAUGGCAAUUCUCGGCGUUGAAGGCUUCUCUGCCCUGCCCCAGCAUUGCUUGCAGCUGUGUUAUGGUUUUUUCUCAUUUGCCAUAGCAACUAAUCUGCUGAGAGAUCUUGCUCCUAAGAAAAUCGGGAAAUAUGUUCCGCUUCCAAUGGCAAUGGCUGUCCCGUUCCUCGUUGGAGCGUACUUUGCAAUUGAUAUGUGCAUGGGGAGUUUGGUUGUGUUCGUCUGGCACAAGCUGAAUAAUAACAAGGCAAGUUCAAUGGUUCCGGCAGUUGCUUCCGGUUUGAUAUGUGGAGACGGGUUGUGGAUUCUCCCUUCGUCGAUUCUUGCAUUGGCCAAGAUUCAACCUCCCAUCUGCAUGAACUUCUUGGCAAAUAAGUAGAGCUGAGUUUGCGCCGUAGACUCGUAGUUGUGUUUUUCGAGUACAUAUAAUUUCUGCAGGUGCAAUUUCAGCACAGUAUAGGGGAAUUAAUGAUAAUAGUUUAGUUCCCUAAUAUGUAAUUUCAGGUAAUACAUAAAGUAAUGUAGCAUUAGUAUAGUAGAUGACGGAACACUAUCCUGAUCAGGCUUAACCCGCAUUUUUCAUAUUGUAUCUGCAUUUUCCCCUAUGAGAUUGCACCUUCUUCUUCUUCCUUCCGUCGUAGACUACUACAGUAUCUACGUAGAUAUACGGGGUUAUCUUCUUCAUAUUUACCUCUUUUAUACCUUGGUCCCAAUGAUCCUAUAUAUUGAGUCUUCGUCUUAUAAAGCAAGGGCUGAUAACACUGUAUUGAUCAACUAGCUUAAUCCACGUUUGUUGUAUCGAUAA